AUGGCGUCUUCAGGCUUCGUGGUUGCAGCAACAGUUCCAGCAGCCAAGCUCUGCUGCCCCAAUCAUGGCGGCAGCAGAGCUCGCCAUCGCAAGCUUCUUGGCCUGUCUGCACAUGCUAGGGGACGGGCGCCGCCGGUGUGGACGGCGGCGGCGGCGUCGGUCACCACGGCGCCGCGGGAGCAGGCGGAGAUCGCGCGGUCGCUGAACGCGUGGGUGGAGGAGCACAUGCUCCCGCUGCUGACCCCCGUCGACGCCGCCUGGCAGCCCCACGACUUCCUUCCCUGCUCCGGCGACGCGGCGUUCGCGGAGGAGGUGGCCGAGCUGCGCGCUGGAGCCGCCGGCAUGCCGGACGAGGUCAUGGUUUGCCUGGUGGGGAACAUGGUGACGGAGGAGGCGCUGCCGACGUACCAGAGCAUGGGCAACCGCAGCGGGGGCGUCGGCGACGACACGGGCGUCAGCACGCUCCCCUGGGCGCGCUGGCUGCGCGGCUGGACCGCCGAAGAGAACCGCCACGGCGACCUCCUCAACCGCUACCUCUACCUCUCCGGCCGCGUCGACAUGCGCCAGGUCGAGAUCACCGUGCACCAUCUCCUCCGCAACGGCAUGGAAAUGCUGAUGCCGGUGAGCCCGUACCACAACCUGAUCUACGGCGCGUUCCAGGAGCGCGCGACGUUCGUCUCCCACGGCCACACGGCGAGGCUCGCCGGGCAGCACGGCGACCGGACGCUCGCCAAGAUCUGCGGCGUGAUCGCCGCCGACGAGAGGCGGCACGAGGCCGGCUACACGAUGGCGUCCGCCAGGCUGUUCGAGCUCGACCCGGACGGCAUGGUGCGCGCGCUUGCGGACGUCAUGCGCGGGAAGGUGACCAUGCCAGGGCAGCUCAUGUCGGACGGCCGCGACGGCAGCCUGUUCGCGCGGUUCUCCGCCGUGGCGCAGCGCGCCGGCGUGUACACGGCGAGCGACUACGGCGACCUCGUGGAGCACUUCGUCCGGAGGUGGCGGGUGGGGGAGCUCGCGGCGGGGCUCUCCGGCGAGGGCCGGCGCGCGCAGGAGUACCUGUGCGGGCUGGCGCCCAAGAUCCGGAGGAUGGAGGAGCUGGCGCAGAGGAGGGCGGCCCGCAGCGAGCCCGCCAUGGCCCGGUUCAGUUGGAUCUUCGAUAGGCCCGUCAUGCUGGGCUGAACCCGUGCUUUGAAUUAUGGUUUAAUGGGCCCCUUACUGGGCUUGUCCCAAAUAAUAAGCUACAUAGUGCGAAAUUUUCUGUUUAUUUAGGCUUCGCGUGAGAAAACUGUUUUAUAUUUUUCUUUUCUUAUUCGUGGGAUAAAAUAUUUUGUUUUGUGUAGCAAGUCUAUCUAUUUCCUACGAAAUUUCGUAAACCCGGUCUUUAAGUUUGAGUAUAAUUGGUUUUACUAUGGUGUGUAACUAAGAUGAUUGUAUAAAUGGGUUUGGUGC